UGCUCAUCAUUACUGGUCUUGGCACCUUUCUUGCUCUCCACCGCUUUAAUAUACUCAGGGAGAGUGCUAGGAAGCAUUUGAAUGCAAAUCAUAAUGUCAUUGACAAAAAUGUUUUGGCUUCAUGCUUUUUCUUAUCUUGAUGGAACAAAGGGUAAAGGAGAGAGGACAUUAUUUGGUAACUCACAACUAAGUGAAUUUUUUUCACAGCUGGUAUACUUUGUCUUCACACCGGCUCUGAUUUGCAGCAUCCUGGCUAAAACUAUAACAUUUAAGAGCCUGGCUAUGGUGUGGUUCAUGCCAUUGAAUAUUCUUUUGACGUUUAUCAUCGGGACAGCACUGGGAUGGUUGUGUUUGAAAAUAACAAAAGCAGCUCCUGAUAUGCAAGGCCUUGUGUUGGGGUGUUGUGCUGCAGGAAAUCAAGGCAAUAUGCCUCUCAUCAUAAUUCCAGCAGUCUGCAAGGAAAGUGGUAGUCCUUUUGGAGCUGUAAAUGUUUGUAAUACAAAAGGGAUGUCAUAUGCCUCUCUGUCCAUGGCAAUAUCAAACAUCUACAUUUGGACUUUUGUGUACCAAAUUAUCCGCGUAUAUUCGUGCCGGAAUUUUAAUGUGAACAAGGUUGAUAGUCCCACAGUAGGUCCAGUGUCAGCAAUCGAAGCAGAUCUCGAAAACCAUUCAAGUACACCAGAGGUUACUGCACCACAGACCAAUGAUCUUGUCACUCCAUUUAAAACUGAUACGGUAUCAAAAGAAAAGCAGAUUACUAAACCAUUAAGAACAUUAGUGAAAAGGCUCAAUUUGAAGAUUCUAUUAGCACCUCCAACAUUGGGAUCGUUUGUAGGACUAAUAAUUGGUGUAGUUCCUCCUUUCAAAAAGAUGUUUGUUGGUGAUGAUGCUCCUUUUCGUGUGGUCGAAGACUCUGCAUCCAUGCUGGGGGACGCAUGCAUUCCAGCAAUGACUUUGUUAGUCGGAGCAAAUCUUCUAAAUGGGCUAAAACGUUCAGGACUGAAGCCUUCAGUUCUUGUGGGGAUCAUCGUGGUUAGAUACAUUGCCUUACCAAUUUUUGGUGUUUUCAUUGUAAAAGGUGCAAUUCGUUAUGGUAUUAUCCACCAAGAUCCAUUAUACCACUUUAUUUUACUCCUUCAAUACGCUCUUCCACCUGCAAUAAGCAUAAGUACAAUCACUCAAUUAUUUGGAGCCGGUGAAACAGAAUGUUCAAUUGUUAUGCUAGUAACCAAUGUCUGUGCCUCGUUCACUCUCACACUAUGGUCCACAUUUUUCAUGUGGCUUGUUCUAUAAAUGUAUUUACUUUCUUUACCCUGUCAAACAACUUAAACGUUAUUCAGUCAAUUAGGUUUAGUGGGAUGUACAAUUAAUUCCUAGCUGCUUCACUUUGUACCAAAUUUCUUCAGUCAUUAUACGCAUUAUGUCA